GAUCUAAUGAACUCAUCUACGACCGAACAGCGUCGGGACUCAACACGGAGCACAACUUCACUCUCCGCGACAAUGGCAUAAACCCUAGUUUCCUUUCCCCCUUCAAGCAUUCAAACCUCUGUCACAACUCUCUGACUCGUCUCCAAUGAACUCGAAAAAGAUGGAUACUGGCUCCAAAGACUUGAUCAGCAGCCUACCAGACGCAAUCAUCUGCCACAUCUUAUCCUUCCUCUCCACAAAAGAUGCAGCUUUGACCUCAGUCCUCUCGAAAAGGUGGAGACAUCUUCUCGCUUUCGUAACAAAUCUCGAUCUUGACAACACCAUCUACGACCGUCCUAAAAUGGGUAGAAAGAGAAGGCGCCAUUUGCGUAAAAGCUUCAAGCUUUUUGUGGAAAGAGUCAUGGCCUUGCAAGGGAACGCUCCGUUGAACAAAUUCUCUCUAAGGUGUAAAAUUGCUUGUGUUACAUCUCGCGUCAACCGUUGGGUACUCAAAGCAUUGGAGCGUGGUGUAGUUGAUCUUGAUCUGUACAUCUCUUCGGAACACGAGUAUCCUUUGCCUCCACAGGUUUUGAUGAGCAAGACGUUGGUUAAGCUUAAACUAGCUGGUACAGAUGAGUUCAUCAUUGAUGUCAGAGAAGUUUCACUUCCAAAGCUCAAGACUUUGCAUAUGAAUGACGUUUCUUUCGCUGACGAGAGUGGUGCUGCGUUUGGGAAGCUAGUUUCUGGUUGUCACGUUCUUGAGGAGUUGGUUAUGGUUAAAAUGACGUGGGACUUUUGUGGCGCUUGCUCUGUCUCAAACCCAACUCUCAAGAGACUGAUAAUCUAUUGUGAGUACGAUGAGGAGAAUCCAGAGAGUGUGUCUUUGGACACUCCAAGUCUGGUCUACUUAGAAUUAACUGAUACUGUUGCGGCCAAGUAUCCAAAAAUGAAUCUUGAUUCGCUUGUUGAAGCUAGUGUAGGCAUUAGAAUGACACCUGGUCAGGUCUUUCGCGGAAGAGAUCUAGUAAACCGACAUUACGGCUAUAAGCUAAGGAAAGACGUAAGUGCAACAGAUUUUCUCAUGGGAAUAAGUCAUGUUAAGAUCCUUUACCUAUCGUCCCAGGCUCUUGAGGUCCUUACUUUCUGCUGUAAAGAAAUACCAGUCUUCAACAACCUGAUUCAUUUAACCAUUGAGACUGACCAAGACGUGGAUUGGGAAUCAUUGCCGAACCUACUCAAGAACUGUCCAAAUCUAGAAACCCUUGUUUUCCAAGGACUCCAUUACGGAGACACAAACCAAUGUUUUGAUGAGGGAUACCGUUUCAAAGAUACAAAUGAAUGUUUUGUCAAGGGUGCGGACAGGUGUGUAUGCAAACCUUGGUUAGGCACUCCGAGUUGGCUAUCAUCAAGUCCUGUGAAGAAGCUGAAGGUGUUGAAGUUUGGAGAGAUCACUACUUAUAAGGAUGACAUGGAUAAGCAGUCGGAUCUGAUCAACCACUUCGUGGAAACAAUGCCGAAUCUUGAAGAAGUGGUGAUAUACUAUGAUACUCCGUUUGACAGUGAUCUGGAAAUAGUAUCAAACGGAUUUCAACAGCUUGAGAAGGUAGCCUCAACCAGAUGCAAGAUCCAAGUAGUCUCUGAUAACAUUAGCUUCUCAACUACCGUGCACUCUACUUCAGCAACAAGUGGGCUCGUCUUCUUUAAGAAUACCUUCCCGGUUUGAAGAUCAUCCAGCUUCAUAUCUCAGACAAGAUUAGCAAAGCCUUGGUUGUUAGUGUUAGUCUGGUCUCUUUCAGCUGCUCCAUAAGUACUUUCUUGUUAUUCAUGUUUGAUGAUAUGCGCGUAAGCUUUUGUAAAGUUUGCUACAAUGUCUAGUAGAACUCCAAGGAACCUUCUCUGUUAUGUUUGUUGUUGAAAAAGACUUCUGCUUUUAGCUUUGUUUUU